CCCAAAGAGCAGGAAAGACCUUCAUCCUGCUGCAUCCUCUGAAAUCUGGUUUUUCCUUCUAUAAGUUGACCUCCUUCCAAGUUUUGCUUCAGACCUGAGAUCCAUGCAUGGGUGAUUAUUGGUAAAGGGUUCGGCCAAACGUUAGCGCUGCUUCUUCUUCUCCCGCUGAGCUAACAGCACCAGUGUCGACACUCAGAAGUUUCAGCACAACUCCUUCACUUCCUCAUCGAUCGGGUCUUCCCUCGAUCCGGCUCGUGAGUGGGAUCCACGGCCUCCUCUGCCUGAAGGCGAGCAGGAACCGGCUGCGCCGCCGCGCUGCAGAGCAGCGGUUGAGAGUGAGGAAGCUGUGUGGUCGGCGUGUUGCUUCAGAAGUCAUCAGAGACACUUCCUCACAUGUUCAAACCCGGCAGAGCAGACGCCACGGAGCGCAGUGACCCGGCGGCCGUCCCACGGGGGUAAAGCCUCCGCUGGAAUGUAGAUUCUGAAGAAGCGUUCCACCCCUCAUUCCAGAUGCCCCGCUCCUUCUUGGUGAAGCGAGGAGGUCUGCACCUCCUCCGGCAUGCAGCAGGGAGCCCCGCCUCCUCCCAAACUGAACGCAGCCAAUUAGAAGAGAAGUCCUGGGGAGGAUCCCUGAGGUGCUCCACAGAUGAAAAGUCCAUCAGAGCGCCUCCCGCAUCCAGCAUCUCUGAAGGAGACGCUCUCCUCCAGACGCUCCCGCACAAAGAGUCUGAAAGUGCUGAGUCAUGCAACCCUCUGUGGUCGAGCCGAGACAAAGCAGAGGACGCCGGCGUGGAGGUGGGACUCUUCACCCAGACGUUUGUGAGGGAAACCAGAAGCAGCAGCUGCUCCAAGAGCGGCGGGCCGGGGCCGGAGUGUCCGCUCUGCAGCAAAGUAGGGCAGCUGUUGGAGAGCACAUCCACUAUAUUUUCCUGUUUGUCCGGUUUAAAAACGUGCGUUUGUAAAAGUCCUGGAAGCAGAUUUCACCUGUCAGCCGCACAACUCAAAUCCAGCAGGACGGACGAUAAGCGGCCGCCGUGCCGGAGUAAGGAACGGACGUUCAGCUGCACGGUUUGCGGGAAAGCCUUCAAGCGCUCCUCCACCCUCUCCACCCAUCUGCUCAUUCACUCGGACACGCGGCCGUACCCCUGCCAGUUCUGCGGCAAGAGGUUUCACCAGAAAUCCGACAUGAAGAAGCACACCUUCAUCCACACAGGGGAGAAGCCUCACGUUUGUCGGACAUGUGGAAAAGCGUUCAGCCAGAGUUCUAACCUCAUCACCCACAGCCGCAAACACCGAGAGGUCCGGCCCUACAGCGGCGCCUGCUAGCCCUCACCACCAGGUGGAGCUUCAGCAGAACCAGAACCGCUACUGGGCCUCUUCAGAGACCUGGUGCUGAACUCCUGACCGUUCUUCACAGCUGUGGAAAACCAUUUUCUCACUUAGAGACAGUACAGCCUUCAAAGAGCGGUUCUUACUUUUUCUCUUCAUAGUCUGAAGGUCCACCUUCACCACCAUGUUUUUUCUCAUGAUGGAGCACACAUAUAUAUAUAUAAAAAAUAAAAC